UUCUUCGCUUCUCACCUUUAGGCGAAUCAUCCAACUGCCACACUUUCUUUCCACGGCAUUUUUGUUUUAUUGAUUGACCUGAGUCCAGGGCUCCGAGCACCAGUCUCACCCACAGAGGAAAUAAGCAAACCAUAUUACUAACGACAUGCCUGAGAUUCCAGAGGAGAAGCCGCUCAAUGAGCUGCUCUCCCGCUCCCUGGUGGACGUGUACGUCGGCCCUGAAAACACCCACUGGGUCCUCCACGAGAAGCUGCUAUGCUACCACUCACCCUUCUUCCGCAACAUCUUCUACUCCAAAACCAACCCCACCACAUCCUACGGUCUGCCCGAAGAAGAAGUUUACACCUUCAGGGUCUUCGUUGGAUGGCUGUAUUCCGGCACCGUCCCUGUCCCUAAGGAGGAAGACGAUCUAAGCAUCCUGUACGAUUUGUACCUGUUGGCGGAAAAGUUACAGAUCCCUAGCCUGAUUCAAGCUAUCCUUCACACGGUCAGGGAAUGGUACAAAUACACAGAGACAUACCCGGGCCUGCGCCGCGUGCAGUACAUCUACGCCAACACGGAGCACGACAGUCCCAUGCGACACAUGCUCGUGCACAGUGUGGCACGCAUGCUUGUUCUCUCCGAAGACAUACCUCAGCAUUGGGAUAAGGCGCUCAAGAAGAAUGGACAACUGGCUGUGGACUUGAUACGCGCUAUGCAGGAAUGGCGCCUGGAUGAAGCCGUUGUGCCGGAUGCGAGAGAAGAUCCGUCGGAAGUAGGAGACUUGAUGGACGACGAGGUUGGGUCACUAGUCGAGAGGCGGCAGCAGGGGGCAGGUGAUCGAGUAGAAGAAGAUGGUCCUCAUGAAGAAAUGGAUCAUGAUUCUAAUGAGGAUACAGUCGUCGAGUCCCCCACGGCCACCUUUCCCGCUGUGGAGAUCAAGAGUCAGGGGAUCCACCUUAGAUCGAAGGAACCGGAACAGGGAGCACAGAAGGAUCAAUCUCGCAAUGACAUUCGAUUGUCGCUGAAUGAGGUGCCUAAUCAGGUCUCGCUGGAUGACUACGGGACGCUGCACUAGGUUGGUGCUGUUGGAUCGCAUGUCACAUUGACUUUUUAAGUUGGUGUGAUUCCGGGACGACUUGGCUUCGUGCUUUCUUCUUGAUAUGGCGGUUUGGAGCUUAGGGUCUUUUGUUUAUGUUCCCUUUUUCUGGGUUGCUAGGGGCAUCUUCUGUCGAACCGACUCUUAUUCCCAUUCUCAACUUGUAAUAAUAUAGUGAUAAGAUUGGCGACUGGCUUCAAACAGGAAUAUGGGAACGAAUUCAGCGGUUUAAUGGCUAAUGGCCUUCAAUCUCUCACUCCUGGUUUUCUGCUCCACUUCUUCGAAGGUAAAGGUAAAAGAUAUUCAGACACACACGAAGAGCAGCAUGCACAGCGGCUUUCUAAGUCUAAGUGAACAACCCCCUGCACUUCUUAUAUAGUGCAGUUUUCUACGUCCACUCAAGCAGAGGAGGAGUUGCCUUGAUUU